AUGGCAGGUGGUUCCCGGGUGUUCGAGUACUGGGAUCCAACAGCUACGAACGUGUGGCUCGUUUGUAAGCACGAUGAGCAAUGCUACCCGAUGCAGAAGGGCCUGGAGCCUGGGCACUGGGUCCUCCACAGCAGCGACAUUCCUGCAGGAGCUCCAUACGCCUUUGUCAGCGAGUGGAUCCAGGAGUUCCGCCACUGUGGAGAGCGCUCCUGGUUCGGAUCCGUGCACCCUGAAGCCCAGGAGGUAGGCCUGGUCCCAAAAGAUCUUCCAAGCCCGGAGAUGCUGACGCCACAGAAACUCCGGCGAGUGAAGACUCCGGCCUCCUCCGAUUCAGAAAAAGGCGGCUACAGCACCGGUGAUGAAGCAACGACCGACGAGGCCGCCACACCACCGGGAGAGCCAACAGAUGCAGAGAGACUAGCCGCAUCCGAGUUUUUCGUGCAGGCGACGGACAAUCCCUAUGUCACGGAUGGCCACGGCGUGCGCUUGCGACUCCUGGUAGCUCCGCGUGUCGCGAUCACCGGAGCACAGGCUGCCGCCGCAGAUGGAUCUUGGGGUCCCCUCACCUUGCGGAAGAUGCCUCAGGCUUCACCUCCGGCUGCGCUCCAAGCCGCAGAGGACGAAGAGGAAACUGAAGAUCCGCUGGCGCCUGGCCAAUGGAUCGGGGAUGCCAUCAAUUUUUGCAUCCACGGCGACACUGAGAUCUUGCUGAGAGUGCAUAGAAGAGACUGGCGAGUGGAUCCGAAUGCCUUUGGCCUUCAAAGGGAGGAUGGGGAUGGCUGGUAUGGGACUCUCGACGAAAGCAGCCCGAAGAUGGAGGGGAAUGCAUUUGCUCCGUUGGGCCCUGCAUACUGGAGCAUUGUGACGGAGCUUCCACCAACCCCGGAGCAGUUUGCCCGGUGUGGCGACCGGGAGCUUGUGCUCUACGAGCUGCAUCUGGGAAGCUUCACGAGCGAGGGCACCCUGGCGGCGGCGGCUGCAAAGUUGCCGCAUAUCCGGGACCUCGGCGUUACCGCCAUUUCCCUCAUGCCGGUGCAGCAGGACGUGCGGCGCCUGACCAGUGGAGAGUUGGAUCGGUGGGGCUAUGACGUGAUUUCCUUUGCUGCAGUCGAUGCCUCCUACGGCGGUCUGCAGGACCUAGCACACUUCGUCCAGCAGGCCCACAUGCAAAGGCCCUGGAAGGCGUGUCCAUGUGGCCCGAGUUACAGAGAGGGGCUUUCGGUUCUUUCGAGGCUGGACCUUGCCGUCAUUGUGGACUUUGUUUUCAACCACAUGAUGUGGGGCCAGAUCCUCGGAUGA